AGUUUUGAGUUUUUCUUUGUGAUUGAUUGGUAUUUUUGCUUUCCAUAGUUCAGGUAUAUUUUUUAUUUUACCAGAGAAUGGAUUACGUCGACAUACAAGCAGUGGAAUCUAAAUUGACAGAUGUUACUGUAACGGCAAUUCCUAUUGCAACUAAAAAUUCUACCAGCAAAUCAAACUUGUGCAUUGGACAUGGUAAUCAACAGCUUCAUCCGCAGCAUAGUCAGUCACAGAAUUUAUCUUCGAUUGUUGCGAUUCCAACAAUAAACGCUACUCCAGUUUCUAACAUGAACCAAUUUUCAAUUGGGUGCAAUACCAGCCUGACAAAAUACGCUCAGCUACUAAUGGUCAUCGAAGAGAUGGGUCGAGACAUCCGUCCGACAUAUUCUGGCAGCCGAAGUUCUGCAGAACGUUUGAAAAGAGGCAUAGUUCAUGCGAGAAUCUUGGUGCGUGAAUGUUUACUAGAAACUGAACGGUCCGCAAGACAGUAAUUCUUUCACGGAAUCAGGUCUACAAUUUUAUGACAAUCUAUCCAGCUACUAUCCGAUGAAGUGUGAUCUUUGAAGAUUAAACAAAAUAUCUGGGAAUAUGAAGUACAAAACAGCCUUAAUCCAAAUAGUAUAUUGUUUCAGUGACUUUCAUAAACCAAAUUGAUUACAUACAUAAAUAAGUCAAUACGUUGUUAGCACUUAGAGAUAAGUACAUUCUCAUAUAUAUAUGUAAUAUUCGAAAAUUUUUGGUAUAUGUGGAAAGGUAGAAUGCACUCUGUAUUUUAAGAAGUUGGUUUCGAUUGUUCAAUAAAAGACAAUAUACUUAAGUUAAUAAAAAAAAACUUAUGCAAUGAACAUAAUUAAGAAUAAUGUUCCGAAGAAAACAUUUUGAAUUUCGGUACCGAACGAUGCAAUCUAGGACAAUAUAUGCGUUUCUCAUGAACAAAAGAGAUAAGUUGUUUAUUAUUAUCCAUAUAUCGGUAUAAUUGUAAGUUUAUCAUAUCACACUCAUCAAGUGAUAUAUUUUAAAAGCUAGCUUCUGCAAUGAUGGAAUUUUUGAUUUUUACCGAUAAAGGUCUAUUUAAACAUCGAUUUGGUUCAAUACACGGAACUGUGCCGUCCCUGAACUGGACCGAAGAGGUAGGGUGGGCUGCUCUAUAUUUCAUGUUUUUAUCUAAGACAAGACCUGACAUCUGGGGGGGCUGCUUUUGUUCCAAAAUGGACCAGUUUCUGAUUGGCUGAUUUUGAUGUUGCCACCUGCACAUUGUGAAAAGGAAAAACUUUUGCAGGGUACGCGAGCAAUGAUGCCAAGCAUAAAGAAAAUCAGAAAUCAAAUUUAUUAAAAUGUAUAAUUUUAGCUCACCAAUGAAAAUGAAAAUUUUCGGAGAAUGUUUCACUUUUUUUUCAAUCUCAUUGGUAAUAAAUGUUUAUAGUGGCAGGACUGUGUAAUUAAAAUAGGCAUCAAGCCGUUUUUCUUUUUAGUGAAUUUAAGUGUAACCAAAAAAGAUUUGUUAAAUUAGUGUAAACUCGAAAGCGUGUUUAGUUUUACGAGAAGAAUGAACUGUUGUGUUCCACACUGUGGUGGCAUUAAGCAUUUCUAUCCAAACCUGACUUUUUCCGGUUUCAAAAAGAUCCGUUAAUACGUCAACAAUGGAUCCGAUUUUUCGUUCAACAUGAGAUAUUUCGUGUUUUGUCAUUAAAGCUCUAUUAAUUGU